GCCCGGUUCCCUCUCUUCUCCUUCAUCAUCCUCCACCUCCUCCUCACAUUCACCCUCCUCAUCGAGCUGAACACCGGCCAAUGCUUCACACCAGCGCUGCCCUGGGUGUCUGUCCCAUGCGUGGGGAGCACAUGCACAGUGAGGGCUUCACCGCAGAGGAAGAGUGGAACCGUUGCUUCGUCUUUAUUUGGUUCUUUCACACUUCGGCCGAGUGGCUCUGAUUUCAGCUAAGAUCCCAGCUCGCAUCGUUUUGUCACGGAGAACUAAGAGGCAACAGAGUGGAGAUAUGAACGAGUCGCUGGUGGUGAAUGACUCCUCUGCGACUCCAGGGGCCGGGGAAUCUCUCUCCUGGAUGGAGGCUGACUCUCCAGAGCACAACGGCAGCCUGGAGUUCUCCACCGCCCCUUUUGAUUUCCCCAUCAACCCAUGGGACAUCAUGCUCUGCUUGUCAGGCACCGUCAUCGCCUGCGAGAACGCCAUAGUUGUAGCCAUCAUCUUCUACACGCCGACGUUGAGGACUCCCAUGUUUGUUCUGAUCGGGAGCCUGGCCACAGCAGACCUCCUGGCUGGCAUGGGAUUAAUCCUGAACUUUGUGUUUCAGUACGUGAUCUCCUCUGAGACUAUCAGCCUUAUCACUGUAGGCUUCCUGGUGGCCUCCUUCACGGCCUCCAUCAGCAGCCUAUUGGCCAUAACAGUGGACCGUUACUUCUCCCUCUACAACGCCCUGACAUACUUCUCAGAAAAGACGCUACAGUACGUGCACCUGAUGCUGCUGGGGACCUGGGGGGUGUCCCUGUUCCUGGGCCUGCUGCCGGUGCUCGGCUGGAACUGCCUGGAUGAGCCGGACUCCUGCAGCAUCGUCCGCCCUCUGACCCGGAGCAACCUCACCCUCCUGGCCACUUCCUUUUUCGUAAUAUUCGUGCUCAUGCUCACGCUCUACUUCAAGAUCUGCAAGAUCGUGUGCCACCACGCCCACCAGAUCGCCCUCCAGCAGCACUUUUUCGCCACGUCACAUUAUGUCGCCACUAAGAAGGGCGUCUCCACUCUGGCUAUCAUCUUGGGGACUUUUGGCGCCAGCUGGCUUCCCUUCGCCAUCUACUGCCUGGUGGGCGAGAAGGAGUAUCCCUCAGUGUACACCUACGCUACACUGCUGCCGGCCACCUACAACUCCAUGAUCAACCCCAUCAUUUAUGCCUACAGAAAUGCAGAGAUCCAGCGCUCCAUCUAUAUGCUCCUCUGUGGCUGCUUUCAGGCCAAAGGAUCCUACCGGUCCAGGUCGCCUAGUGAGGUCUGAGUAGGUGUUAGGGCUCUGUGUGUGUGUGUGUGUGUGUGUGUGUGAGAGAG